UGGUAGUUGGUGUUCCAUCAAAACAAGUCCUUACUUCCUGUGCACGUCCAUGCUGUAAACAGCUGAUGUGGUGCUUCUGCCAGUCAGACAGCCGUGAAACAUAUUGUCCUCAUUCUCCAAAAAUAUAGCUCAACAUGACUAAAGACGAAGUCCAGGGGGCGACGGAGGAGGAGCAGCAGGCUCAGUCAAAGAAAGGCCUGAAGAAACAGCAGAAGGAAGCGGAGAAAGCUGCAAAGAAGGCUGAGAAACAGGCCAAGCUGGGGGCCGAGCAGCAGAGCACAGAGGAAGAUGACUUUGCCAAGGACAGAUAUGGUGUGCCGGCUAUGGUCCAGUCCCAACAAAAACUGGACAGGGUGCUGGUGCGGAUCCAAAACCUUACUCCCGAGAAAGCUGACCAGCUGAUCUGGCUGCGUGCCCGAAUCCACACCAGCAGAGCCAAAGGGAAGCAAUGCUUCUUGGUCCUGCGUCAGCAGCAGUACAACGUGCAGGCACUGGUCGCAGUGGGAGAUCGUGCCAGCAAGCAGAUGGUCAAGUUUGCCGCAAACAUCACCAAGGAAAGCAUAGUAGACGUGGAGGCGUCGGUGAGGAAAGUGGAGCAGAAGAUCGAGAGCUGUUCCCAGCAGGAUGUGGAGCUGCACAUCGAGAGGAUUUUUGUCAUCAGCCAGGCAGAGCCUCGUCUCCCCCUGCAGUUGGAAGAUGCCGUCAGGCCUGAUGGAGAGGGGGAAGAGGAGGGCAGAGCCACAGUCAACCAGGACACCAAGCUGGACAACAGGGUGAUUGAUCUCAGGACGACCACCAGCCAGGCCAUCUUUCGCCUGCAGUCGGGAGUGUGCCAGCUCUUCAGAGACACCCUCACUAAAAAGGGCUUUGUGGAGAUCCAGACCCCUAAAAUCAUAUCAGCUGCCAGCGAAGGUGGAGCAAAUGUCUUCACUGUGUCUUACUUUAAAACCAGCGCCUACCUGGCCCAGUCUCCCCAGCUCUACAAGCAGAUGUGCAUCUGUGCUGACUUUGACAAGGUCUUCUGCGUGGGUCCAGUUUUCAGAGCGGAGGACUCAAACACCCACCGUCACUUGACGGAGUUUGUGGGUCUGGAUAUUGAGAUGGCAUUCAGCUACCAUUACCACGAAGUGAUCGACUCCAUCACUGAAACCAUGGUGCAGAUCUUCAAAGGCCUGAGGGACAACUUCCAGACAGAGAUCCAGACUGUGAACAAGCAGUACCCCAGUGAGCCUUUCAAAUUCCUGGAGCCCACUCUGAGGCUGGAGUACACCGAGGCCCUGGCCAUGCUGCAUGAGGCUGGGGUGGAGAUGGGUGACGAGGAGGAUCUCAGUACUCCCAAUGAGAAGCUGCUUGGCCGUCUUGUCAAGGAAAAGUAUGACACCGACUUCUAUGUGCUGGAUAAGUACCCGCUGGCUGUUAGACCCUUCUACACGAUGCCUGAUCCAAACAACCCUAAAUACUCUAACUCGUAUGACAUGUUCAUGAGGGGAGAGGAGAUACUGUCUGGGGCUCAGAGAGUCCACGACGCUCAGAUGCUGACUGACAGGGCCAUCCAUCACCAGAUUGAUCUGGAGAAGAUAAAGUCAUACAUCGACUCCUUCCGGUAUGGAGCUCCCCCACAUGGUGGUGGAGGCAUUGGCCUGGAGAGAGUCUGCAUGCUGUACCUGGGUCUCCACAACGUGCGUCAGACAUCCAUGUUCCCACGUGACCCCAAGCGCCUCACACCUUGAACCUUCAACCACGUAGACAAAGCAGAUGCUGGUGAUGGGAAACAAUACUAAUCCACAAUCGCAAAAAGGGGGAAGACUAUAGGAGCUUUGUGCCACCCUGCUGGCUCUAAAGUGCCUCCUAUGAUUAACAAUUGAGAUGUGAGAAUUAAGCAUUUGCAACAGUAGGGUGUCGUUUAUUGAUUGGUGUAGGUCGCUGUCUAACAACAACGACAAAUAAAAUACAAAACAGAGAAAAGGUAGUUGGGUAGUGAUUUUAAGGAAAGUUCCUGUAAAGCUGCACACACUUAAUCCAUCUUUUAAUCAAGUAAGUGUUUGUCUAAGUUCUUUUUUUAUGGAGAUGUUGAAAGAAAUACCUUUAGCACAGACGGGACUAAUGACUGUGGUCUCCAGCUGUAUGCCUGUAACUGCAGGUGUUUUGUAUUUCAUUACAGGUCUAAACACACAUAAUAAUAAAAACUUCUAACACCA